AUGUCAGAUUCAGAUUCAACUUUACCAGCCACAGACGACUUUGGGUCAAGGUUCUUAGAAUUCGAUGAAUACUCUUUCGAGCAGACUGAUAAUACAGAAAGUGAUGCUUUUUCUGCGUUUCUACAUCAAUUUCGCUCCGUUGCCGAACAAAAGGUUUCGUUUUUUGAUGAGCGGUUACUUGCAACAACUAGUGGACGUAAGAAAUACAUAAACCCUGCUCUUGAAGAUGACCAGGAUUCUAAUACCAGUGACAAUUUGAAGGCCGGGGCUAGCUCUGGCAACGAUUCUGAAGAUGAUGAAAUGGAAUAUAAACCUCCAAAGUUGUUAACCGCACGACAGAUAAGUUUACAAUCACAGAAAACUGCUGUUCCAACUGAUAUUAAGAACAUGAAUCAGUCUACAGCUCAUUCCAAACUAAUUAGUCUAGAAUGCUUGAAUUCACCUAAACCAACUCCAACCUUAACACCAGAACAAAUUGCCGUUCGGCAAAAAAGAAUAGCUCACCGCCGAGAAUCAGCUAAACACAAAGCAGAAAUGGAAAAGCUCCAAACAGUGGAACGUUUGCUCAAGAUCAAUGCCAAUGUUAUUGGGCGACGUGGUCGAGGUAGAGGUAAAGGCCUUCGGAAUAAUGGUUUGGCACAGUGUGAUCAGAUCUCAUCUCAAACGCUUUCACAGUUUGGUGUUUUAAAGUAUGAAGGGGAUUUAAUUGAAAAAGAGUAUCUCGAUGACACGCAUGCUUCUUUACAACCCAGUGAAAGUAAUUGCACGAAUACCGAUUUUGUGGACAGUGCUUAUGAAAAUACGAAAUUGUCUGAUAAUAUGUCUGCUAGUUUGCCAAAUGUUCAAUCAUAUAAUCCCAAACCAGGAUACAUCCGCUUUGUAUCUUCAUCACGUUUAUCAACACAAACAGUCAUCUGUUUACCUGAGACAGAUAAUAAUAGUGACAAGGAUAUUUAUAUGCACGCUAAUGCUUGCAUGCAAAAAGUCAAAGCCCCUGAAAUACCGAAGUUACGUCUAUGCGACAUGGGUUGCGGCUGUGCUAGGCGCUACGAAUGUGCUAAAACAGGCCGCUCCUUAUGUAGUUUAUCCUGUUAUAAAGCUAAUUUGUCAGGAUUCCCACUAACUAUCUCAACUUAA